GAUCAAUCCUGAUCAAUCCUGAUCAAUCCUUAUCAAUCAUGAUCAAUCCUGAUCACCAAUCUUGAGCAACACGGUGUUUUUUGUUAGUUCUCCACUACUCUCUCUUUGGUGGUUGCAAUAACCUGGAUUCGGCAUACCGGCAGGUGUACAAUAAGCAGGAAAUCACCCUGUCCCCCCAUAAUAUUUGUGGCAAACUGUGUACAAACUUAUUUUGAUGCCGCUCUCUUGAAUCAAUCAUCCUCCUCCAGCCCAUGUUAAUUUCCCAUAUUAUAGGGGACAGCAUCCCCGGCGGACAAAAUACCCUGGGACACCGGUGUCAGACUUUGAUCUUGACUGUUUUAAAACAAUUCGUCAAAUUUUGCCAACAACUGUAGUUAAACGAACAACGCGAGCUACGUAGAGAGGUUGAUGCUUGUAUACUGCUGGUGGGAGAAGUAGGCCAACCCUGCAGUGGGUUCAACACAUACUGGUGAUGGAGUCAGACAUGGCUCUGUUUCGACCAAUCGUUUCGCUCUUACUCGUCAUAACAGCUGCCAUAGAAGUUUAUGGAUGUGUGUGUUACGUGGGUCAAGAACCAAACCCGGCAACUGGUGAGCGCUACGGUUGGUCACUAGCCGAGCAGAGACCGUGUGAAUGCACUGAGUUUCGUCUGGGCGGAGUGAACAUGAAGGCUCAACUUAAGCCUUAUGAAAUGAAGAUUGGUCAAGAUUGCAAGAAAGAUCAGGAUGCAUUGACUAAUCCCCCUCGCCAAGUUCCCGGAUCAAUGAAGCACGUGUCAGUGGGUGCGGCUGGGGUAUGGGCCGUUGACGUCGAUGACCAGAUUUACUACAUGGGGUUCCGUGGAUGCUCAAACACACUAAUGCAAGGGGGUUUGCAUCAACUCGAUGUGGGUAUGAAUUCAGUGUGGGGCACGGCCCAUGACGAUACAAUUUACUAUCGUCAGUUUGAUGUUAGUAAUCCCGAUAUGACUGCAGGUUGGACCCAUGUCGGGGGUUUUUUGAAACACGUCAGCGUGAGUCAAAAGGGGCACGUUUGGGGAGUCAAUAGCGGCAAUUAUAUCUACCAUCGCUUGGGUGCAAAUGUUAACCGAAUUCCUGGUGAUGGUUGGCUACAGAUUACUGGGACUCUUGUAAAACAGAUCUCAGUAGGUAGCGGGGGUGUAUGGGGAAUCACUCUGGAUAAUAAGCCCACCUACAGAUUGGGUACGUACGGUGACCCUGACUCUGAUCCCAAUGGCUCACUGUGGCAAAUUGCGAGGCCAACUGAUGACGUCUCACUGAAAUACGUUAGCUCAGGUGACGUCAUUUACGCUGUAGAUGUCAAUGACGCAAUCUACUAUAGAGCGGGUAUCUCGGCUGAAACCCCAACUGGGACAGCCUGGCGAAAAAUUGGCGGGAAUCUGAAACAAAUUGAGGCCGUUUCCGGCACAUUCUGGGGCGUUGACGCUGAAAAUAAUGUGUAUACAAACGAAAGCGUGUCUUUUUGUUAGUUUAUAACUUCAGUGAUAUGCUGUAGUUGUAUUGGAGGAAGCUAAUUAGCUGAAGUGAAUGUUGGGCCUACUUUGGACAACUAUUUCGAAAAGUUUACCCUUUGUUUUUAACCGGUCAAUUGUUUUAACCCUUAUAUGUAUAUCAAUUACAGUGAAACUAACCUGUGGACACUCGGUUCCAAAGGUGGUCGCCAUUUAGUGAAGUCCGGAGCGAUAAUUAUGUCAACGCAGGAAGAAGUUCACUAAUAUGGCAAUCUCGGUAGUCUAUUUGGUAUCUGCUCUAGGGUCGUGGGUUCGAAUCCCACGCCCAAUUAAUGUGCUUCUUUGCUCACUAUGUUCUUGAAAGUAAACAGUGCUCUUACAAGGGGUAAACAUAUUCAAAGUUAAUCUUCUUUAUUCCCUAUGAAAAUUCUCACAUCUGUAAGAGGGAUUGCUUAACCUGAGAAAUAUAUCGACAGUAACGUUUCUCAGAUUAAAAUGUUGGGACAAAGCAGCUGAAUUGUGUAAAGGCCUUCUUCGAAGUGAAAUAACUUAUUCCUUUGAAAUUUUUAAAUGUUAUUUAUCGUUAUCAUUGAUAAGCGUUUUGGGUGUCAUUUUAGUCGCUAAUACUAAAUUCAUCUUUAAUGUCUUAAUUUAAAUGUAUCUCUCAAUUUGACGAUUUUUAUUGUGUUUUUAUGUAUUUUUCACAGUACAUACGCCAAGGCAACUUCUAUCGUAUAAUUAUUAAUAGCAAUAAACCAAAAUGUAAUCACAAAGAGUUAAUACUGGUCUCGAAUUAGGACGACGAGUUAGUGGUCCCAACUUAUAGGACAAUAGCCUUAUAUGACUAGUCCUAAGUUUGGACUAUCCCUAAUAGACCUUGAACCUUUAGACUAGAUCGAUACAAGAAAUUCCAACCUGCGGUCCUUAUAUCUGUAUUCCAUCUUUCAUUGACCGAAAAUGUUGAAAUAUGAUAUUUCAAAUUAUCUAAAUGUGGUUAUUAAAUUAAUCACUGUCUAUCGCAACCUUUUCACGUUAUUUGACCUUUGUGCAGAAACAUUUUGCAAAGCAAGAGGGAACCGCUUGGCAAAAACAAGAUUGAUUAAAUUGAAUUCUCAAACGGGCGGUUAUUGGUUGAACAUUUCUUUUGGUCAAAGAAUCACUCAACCCAAGGCAAUUUGGCGUGGUAUUGGCCGUGGGUGUCAAAAUCGAAUUGAACAAUGUGUUUACAAAUUAAUGACUUGUCGACCCUAUAGUACGAAGGCUUCUUCAAGGUUUCUUAUUGUACUUCAUAUCCAUUCUUAAAGGCAGUGGACACUAUUGUUAAUUACUCAAAAUAAUAAUUAGCAUAACAUCCUUCUUGGUAACGAGU